UGCUUGGGCUCGGUCUGAGGAGGUUCAGUAGCUGCUCAGCCGCUGGACUUUGGCUGCAGUGAGCAGCAAGUCGUACGUACGUUGGGCGCGACGGGCGACGGGCGAGUCCAGCCAAGCAGUCAGACGGGCACGCCCUGAAGCAACGUCAAGUGCAUGGGAGCGUAUGACAUCUGACUUGGUCUCAUCCGCAUCCGCUACACCACCUCACCUCGUCCAUCCUGCCGUCACGACAAGCGAGCAAGCUCAUGCGGACACCGUUGCCGCGACCUUGUUGACUUCACUUCAGAUCGAUCAGAGACCGCCUCAGAGCCUCGCGCAGGCAGAUGUUCCCCAUGGCAGCCCUUGUAGACAACGAGAGGAGCAGCCUGUAGCCUCAUCGUCGACGCACAAGCAAUCUAUCGCUGCAUCGCCCAACCGACGGGUCACACGAGACCGCAUCCAGCCUGUCACAACAUCCAAGAGCUCAAAGACAUUCAUCAGAUCAAUCAGUCAUACCCAAUCAGCGGACGACAGACGCUCAAGCUCGCGCGAUUCGACCCAAUCUACUUCGCGUUGGCCAAUAGCGACCUCAAGCACCCUAUUCACCCAACCCUUGCUACAAACCUUCCCAUCCUCGCCCGCUUGGGACAGGGAACAUCGACGGAGGCGCACACUGAGAGUAUCUGUACCUGCCGCUCGCGAGCUCGCAUUCCCAGACGGUCACACGCCACUCCGGCCCUACUGUUUUGUCACAUACGCGCAGCAAGAAGGCGCGGGGCCAGACUGCAUAACGCACAGCACAUUCAAACGUUACUACGAGUGGCAGCACGACGAGAGCUUCGAUAUUGUGCACGAGACGAGAGCAAACAGGAUAGUCAGGAUACAAGUGAGAGAUAGAGGAGCAACAGACGAAUUGAUCGGGAUGGCCGAACUCGACGCUACUCAUCAUGUCGACCAAUGGGUCGGACUGCGGACUCGCGAUCCUCACCAUAAGCUCGGCGAAAUCUACGUUAAGAUGGAGUCUGACGAGUCAGAAUCCUCGCGUCGCCUCUGCGCGGACGAUUUCGAUAUCUUGAGGCGCAUCGGCGAGGGCUCCUUUGGGCAAGUCUAUCGGGUCAGGAAACGCGAUUCCGGGCGAAUGUAUGCAAUGAAAGUGCUCUCAAAAGACUCUAUCGCUGCUUCAAAAUCAAUCGAGCACGUCUUGGCCGAACGAAAAGUACUGCAGCGUACAAUCGAUUCGCCUUUCCUCGUCGGCCUCAAGUUCUCAUUCCAGUCAGAAUCUCAGCUCUUCUUCAUCAUGGACUACAAAGCGGGCGGCGAACUAUUUCGCUACCUCGCCCAAGAGGGUGGCAGGUUCACCGAGGAAAGAGUCAGAUUCUACGCUGGCGAGAUCCUGCUCGCGCUAGAAUAUCUCCACAACCGGAGCAUUUGCUACAGAGAUCUCAAGCCGGAAAACAUUCUGCUUGACGCCAGCGGACAUCUUUCGCUUUGUGACUUUGGUCUCAGUAAACCUGAUAUUGCUCCCGGUGAAUUGACAAGGACGUUCUGUGGAACGGCAGACUAUCUCGCGCCGGAGAUGCUCCUCGACGAGCGCGGAUAUUCUCGCUCAGUCGACUUCUAUGCGUUCGGCGUCUUUGUCCACGAGGCUCUGCUUGGCUAUACACCCUUCUAUGCCGAGUCAAGGAUGCAAAAGUAUGAGCUGAUCAUGGCCUGCGAGCUCAAACUGCCCGCAAGAGCCGGACUGAGCGCGGAAGCCACCGAUCUGCUCCAUUCACUCAUCACAAGAGAUCCAGCGGAUCGUCUGGGAUCGAUCACAGGCGCAGCCGAUAUCAAGAAGCAUGCGUUCUUCGAGACGACGAAUUGGUCCGAUCUUGCCGCUCUACGCGUCGUGCCGCCUUUCAGACCACCUCCAGACGAUUCGGAUCGCGAUUGUCCACGGAGACGGUCCCCGCCGAGACACCUGGCUGCAAAACACUCUCAGGUCUCUCUGUCGACUUCUGCAUCUGCUCUUACACCCUCUGAGCGUUCGGAAACGCAAGCAAGUUCGUUUGCAAUGCAGAGCAGGCGCUCUUCCUGCGGCGAGAGCUCUGCGCCUACUUCGACAGACAUCUCAGGCGACAAGACUGAAUACUUUUCAGAUUGUGCAGCUUGCGACAAUCCGGCGAACGUCUGGCGGAAUUUUACAUUUAGUCACGGACGAGAUUCGAGCGUAUCGACCCAUGGCUUACCUUCAUGGAUAGCUCGAUGUCGAUCGAAUUCUCGCACGGCUGCCGAAGCUCCUCCUUCGAUCGAAGACGACAAGCGGACUUCGCCCACCGCUUCGCCAGUCCGGAGGAGUGCGAGCUUGAGACGAUUCGGCAGCAAUAUGUCUUCGCCCAUCUCGAUGACGGCAAUCAAUCUAUCGCCUUCGCCACCGCGUACGACGCUACAGCUGUCCCGCUGAGCAUCCUCAUACUGUCCUUCAGUGUUGUCAUCUGUUGUGCUGCCACGCUCUAUUGUUCACCUGAUGCCAUAACGUGUAGUCUCAUAUGUCACUCGAACGCCAGUACCCAUGUUCUGAGCACAUCUCGUUCCGUCGUGAAGUCCAAAGAUGACAAUUCUCUCCAGACCUUGGGGUGGAUGCCAGGCUUCGCCAGCCUGUGGAACGAG